AUGUCUACUCAUACUUACAAGAAGUUUGAAAAUGCGGAAUCUGGGGAACUCCCAGAUCGUAUGACCAUUUAUCAGGAUUGUAUGAGUGAGUUCAAUGAAUCACCGAUUAAUAGUAAAAGGUGUCGUCUAUUGAUCUCUAGGCUGCUUAGAUUACUUGCACAAGGUGAAACUUUCCCAGAGAGUGAAGCUACUGCACUUUUCUUCUCCAUUUCCAAACUUUUCCAACACCAAAAUGAUUCAUUAAGACAAGCGGUGUAUUUGGCUAUCAAGGAACUCAGUGGGAUCUCUCAGGAUGUAUUGAUGGCUACUUCGUCAAUCAUGAAGGAUAUUCAAAACGGAUCUGAACUUGUAAAACCAAAUGCGAUCAGAUCCUUGACUGCCGUGCUUGACGAGUCCACAGCGUUCUCCGCCGAGAGGUUGUUGAAGAGUGCAUUAGUUAGUAGACACCCUUCAAUCUCUUCUGCGGCUCUGUGCACGUCAUACAACUUAUUACCUAUUGCGGAGGUCACAGUCAAGAGAUUCGCUAAUGAGACUCAGGAAGCAGUGGUCGAUUUGAAAUCCUUCCCACAUAAGAACUUGGUUGGUGAAUAUUACCCAAAUUCUACUUUUAUUACUCAGUACCAUGCUUUGGGAUUGUUGUACCAGCUAAAGAAGAACGAUAAGAUGGCAUUGUUGAAAAUGGUCAGACAAUUUUCAAACAACAACACUUUGAAAAAUCAGCUGGCCAAGAUCGAAUUAGUUAAAUUGGUUAAUGAAUUGAUCAAUAAAGACAGUCAAUUGUUUGUUGAUUUUCAGUCUUUGCUCAUGGAAUGGUUGUCAAACAAGCACGAGUCGGUUCAAUUGGAAACUGCUAAAUUGAUCACUAAUUUUGCAACUCAUAACUCAAGGUUGAUCUCCUCCGAACUCUUUGCUUCCGCGGUGACCACUUUGCAAUCGUUAUUGACCGUUCCAAGAGUUUCGGCUAAAUUCGCGGCAUUGAGAAUACUUAAUAGAAUCUCAAUGAUCUCGCCAGAGAAGAUUGUGGUUUGUAACCCUGAAUUGGAGUCCUUGAUCAACGACCCAAACAGAAAUAUUUCCACUUAUGCGAUCACAACUCUGUUGAAGACCGGUACUGCCAAAAAUAUUACUUCUUUGAUCUCAACGAUCACCAAAUUUAUCCACGAUGUCUCGGACGACUUCAAGAUCAUUAUCAUUGAUGCUGUCCGUACUCUGUCACUCAAUUUCCCCAACGAAUGGAAGACCAUAUUGAACUUCCUCAUCGACGUGUUAAAAAACGGUGAAGGUGGUUUCAAAUUCAAGAACAAUAUUGUUGAGGCGUUGAUCGAUAUGGUCACUUUUGUCCCGCAGGCAAAAGAAAUGGCAUUAGAGAACUUGUGUGAUUUCAUCGAAGACUGUGAGUUCAACGAAAUCCUUGCAAGAAUCUUGCAUCUAUUGGGUAAAGAGGGUCCAUCUACCUCAAACCCAUCAUUAUACGUCAGACACAUUUACAACAGAGUCGUGCUCGAAAACGCUAUUAUUAGAUCCGCAGCAGUUGUCUCGUUGUCCAAGUUCGCCUUGACCAAGAACGACCCUUCAUUGAGUGACUCCAUCAUCAGCUUAUUGAGAAGAAUCGCUAACGAUAAGGAUGACGAAGUGAGAGAUAGAGCUACUAUUGCGUUGAAAUUCAUUGAGUCCGCUAAGAAGGACACAAGUUCAGAAGCUCAAACCCUCCUCCAAUCGAACUACUCAUUUGAUUUUAACGCAUUAGAAUCAAAAUUAAACACUUACAUUUCUUCCAACACAGACUCUUUCAAGACCCCAUUCGAUGUGACUUCGAUACGUAAACUCACCGAAGGAGAUAUUAAAGCAUUAGACUUGAAGAGAAAACAGGAUAAGUUUACCAAGGGUGAGUUUGAAACCAGCGUGGAAAGUACGCCAGGUAUGAUCGAUGACAACUUGAUCUCCAAAAGAGCGGACAGCAGUUUUGCCGGUCCAAGUGCUCACGAUCAUCAACAGGACUUGUUGGCCACCAAGUAUGCUGAAGAUUUAAUGUCCAUCGAACAAAUAAAAGAAUUUGGUCCAUUGGUAAAUAGCUCCCAGAUCGUUGCCCUCACUGAAUCAGAAGCAGAAUUUGUUGUCCGUGGCGUCAAGCACUUAUUCGCAAAUAACGUCGUCUUCCAAUUCAAUAUUACAAACACUUUGACAGACACCGCGUUGGAUAACGUUACCGUGACUUGCACCCCAGAAGUUGAACCAUCGGAACUGGAAGAGUUAUUCACAAUACCUAUUGAUAGAUUGCUACCUUCGGCUGAAGCUGCUUGUUACGUGGCAUUCAAAAAGACCGAAGAUAUGGUAAUGGAAAGCUUUCUAACUAACUUGAUGUUCACUACGAAGGAAGUAAAUCCAGAGACUAAUGAACCAUUUGAAGGCGACGAAGGUUUCCAGGAUGAGUAUGACAUUGAUUCCAUCUUCUUGAACGCUGGUGAUUAUAUUAAAAGCUCUUUUGUUGGGGACUUUACGAAAGCAUUCGAUGAAUUGCCUAACGAAGAAGUUGCAGUUUACAACAUCAAAGAGAAUAUAUCGUUACAAGAAUUGGUAGACAGGCUAGUUGUGAACACUAGUUGCUUGCCAUUAGAAAACACGCAAUACGCUCCAAGCGAUUCCAACUCGCACACGGUUAAACUGUUUGGCCAAAGUGCGUCGAAGGGUACAAAGAUCGCUUUGAUAGUUAAACUUAUCAAGACUUCUAAAGGUAUUGCGAUAAAGGCACAAGGUAGGGCAGAAGACGCCACUUUAUGCGCAGACCUUGUUAACGGACUGAUGUAA